AUGUUAAUUCCCGUCCCAGUUUGGAAACUUCUUUCGACGCAUCCUCCCAUGCUGGCGUCAUCCGAGUGGGAACGAGGUGGCGCUGGAAGACGAGCCUCCGCUGCGACCACCGGCAGUCUCGACAUGACUUCUCUGGGUCUGGCAGACGAGUUGAGUGGUGCCAGCGACCAGACCGGCGGAGUCACGUCGGUGACCGCGGUGUAUGAAAUGGCGGCGGCCAUCGGUAAGGAAUUUGAGGCCGUCAUCGAUCGCCACGGCACCGACUCAGUCUGCGGACUCAUGCCGAAGGUGAUCCACGCUCUGGAGGAACUCGAAGACCAGGUUGUUCUGAGGAACAGUCAUCAGGAGGAGUUGGCGGCUCUGAAAGCCGCUGUUGAACGGCUCCAGUUAGAUAAACUAACACGUGCUGAGCAACGACUCAAAAUAGAACAGGAUACCUUGAAGAUCGAAGAAGCCUGGCGAGCUGAGACAAAGGAGUUACAAACAAUAAUAAACAAUUUAACUGAGGAAAAUGCUCAACUCGCUGAACUUGUCGAUUCGACCAAAAAAUCCAAGGAGUAUCGCUCGUUGCCGGAGACUUCAGUAUCAGGAUUGGAAGAGGUGAAACUACUUCAGCGUCUGAAGGACUUGGUCGAUGCGCAGAAAGUUGACCUGCGCUCCCAGCGACAUCUUCUUGCUCAACGCACCAUCGAUCUUGAUGCGAUGAAACUACAAGCCGAGAGACUGGCACAUCUGAAUGCCAAGUGGAAGUGGCUGCGUCGCGAUCGCUUCAAAGCUCCUCCUGCGGAAACAGAACCGGAUGCGGAGGUGGUGGGAGGAGCCGCUGCCUACCUGGCAGAUGAACUCAGUGAGGUCGAGACGCGUCUACGCGCGAAGUGGGUGUUGGCUGAGGAAAUUCGUCGCCACGUGGGUCCGUCGCCUACCACCACCACCCCCACCCCCACCCCUGCGGACAGUUGCUUCUUGAACGACGAAAAGACCGAAGACGAUGUUGUGAGGUUGUUGAACUCCGACAAGAACAUCGGACAGUCCGGCGACGGCACGCCAACUUCUGAGUCGCCACGCUUUUCCUACGGCGAAUUGCAUCAAAUCCUCGGUGAAUGCAUGCAACUUCAAUCGAAUGUCAUUCAACUGAAGGACCAACUCGAUGUUUAUCGACGCGCUGGAGAUGACGCGCCAGCGGUUCAGGGACCGAUCAAUCGUGAACCUGACGAAAAACUCCACCAUCGAUCCAGUCAAUUGGUUGGAGUUAAACGGCUGCGUUAUCGUGUAUUACAACCAACCAGUGCUCAGCAAGCGUUUAAACCAACCAAUCAUGUGACCGGCAUUGUUCAACCAUCACCCUGUCAACUGCCAUCACCUCUUGUGAACAUCGCUGCCACCGUCACCUUCGCCGUCGUUGUGAUCUCCAACUUCUUCGCCAUCACCUCCUCCUGA